GCACGUCGCUCUCUGCGUGCUGACGUGCGGUUGGAGAUCUGCUGACGUCGAGCUGACGGCGCCGUCUUCCUGUCGCAGUCACUCGGUGCUCGUCGUCGUUACUAUGGCGGCUCCUAGAACAUGGACGUAGUGUCGAGCCUGGUGUCGUUAACGGUCACGAAGGUGUUGCAGUUUUCUGGACUGGCGGACAGAAAUGUCCUGAGGACGAAGAAGAUGGAGGAGAAAGCGCUAGAAGUCUACGAUGUGAUCCGAUCGAUCCGGGACCCGGAGAAGCCCAACACCCUGGAGGAGCUGGACGUGGUGACGGAGAAAUGUGUGGAGGUCCAGGAGCUCGGCGAGGACGAGUACCUCAUCAUUAUCAAGUUCUCUCCCACCGUGCCUCACUGCUCUCUGGCUACGCUGAUCGGUCUCUGCUUACAAGUGAAGCUGCAGCGAUGUUUGCCAUUUAAACACAAGUUGGAAAUUUACAUUUCAGAAGGAACUCAUUCGACCGAGGAGGACAUUAAUAAACAGAUCAACGAUAAAGAGCGAGUGGCGGCCGCCAUGGAAAACCCAAACCUGAGAGAGAUCGUGGAGCAGUGCGUGACCGAACCGGACGACUGACGGAGCACGCUUCACCUACACCUGUGUGUGUGUGUGUGUGUGUGUGUGUGUGUGUGUGUGUGUGUGUGUGUGUGUGUGUUCAGUGCCACAGUCAGGUCCUGAAGACAGAAUCUGAGCUCGGAGGACUUCCUGAUCAUUCCCUGCUGGACGGCGUCGCGCUCUGAACUGAAACACGAAGCGAGCCGCUGUCGCCGCGACGUCUGACGUCUGUUCUUUUGUAAAUGUGCUCGUCUGUAAAAUAAUUAGAGGUGAUUAUUUUCAAAAUAAAUCAAAGAAUCAUGCAUUAAAGUUUCAUCAAUGAGAA